AUCUGGAGCUCUCCCUGUCAAUUCCCGGAUUCGGCGGUACAAGGAGAGGCCUUUUACAUUGCACAGUAAGACCAGGAAGCAAAAAUUGAUAUUUUUUCUGGUCGCCGGGUCGCCAUGGAAAAAAAGUGCACGCACUGCAAGGGAUAGAUAUGCCCAUAAUUUUGUGUAUUUCCCGGCCCGUCUCCCGCCUUUGCAGUUCCUAUGAAGUUCCCCCCUCUUCCCUCUUUGGCCUACCGCUGUCGCUGUUGCUGCUGCUGCCGUCGUCACUCCUUUGAUUGUUCACUUCGUUGAAUCUGGCCUUUCGGUCUAUUUUCUAGUGCCUGUGCCUGUAUUUUCCUGGUGUGGUAUACCGAUAGCCAGUCUUUUCUGCCUUGUACCUACCUGAGUACCUAUCAACUCUACCCAGUGCCCCGGAACCGAUCAGCGAACCUCAGCUGCACGACGACGACCAUCAGGGAUAGGGAAGGUGAACACCAGCCUAAACAAAUCGGAGUCCUCGAGACAUAUUGUGGCUUGAUCAACAUACAGCCCUGUCGCAAGGAUUGAUAUUGUUGGUUGUGUGCUAACUUCUUUUUCUUUCUUUCUUUCUAUUUCCCCCCCUUCCUUACCUUUCCUGUUUCUUGUGUCUAUCGCGGGCGAGGCUCGAGGACUGGUCUACCAAGACAAGAAAGACAUUCUGUUGUGCUGCAUACAAUUCUGGGCGUGAGGAUCGUGCAUCCCGAAUCAAGCCAGCUUUCAAACCCUGCUUGUGGAAAGGACCGACAGGGGUUGUUUCGUCCAACCAAGGCAGAAUACACUCACACAACACAAGACUUUCCGCCAAUUCGAACCCGAUUCGAUCGAACCAAGGGGGAAAAAAACGAAAAGAAAAAAAAACAAACACUACUUUUAGAAGGGGGGUAGCCAAGCCUCAUCUCCAAUUCUACACGCACGCGACGCGUCUAAAAUCCCUCCUUCCUCACCCCCUCGCUCGGGCUUACAACAACACAACGACUAUACAUUUAGUCAUAUCCCACUGAAACUCAUCAACCUCCUUGGAUUUUCCCAAGCCACUGACUCUCUUUCGUGGUUGGUUGAAGCUGCGCCAUCCUUGGGAUCUGCGCAUCUGGAACUUGUAUCCUUGCUUUAACCCAAUCUGCCCGCCGGGAUAUAAAUCAGGACAAGCUCCACCUACCUUCCCCAGGCCCGAUAUUGGGGCCAAGCUUCAGUUAACACUCGCGCAUAUUCUUUCACUGGGCACACAUUCUUUUGAUCUGCCAUCGACUCGACGGCUUCCACUCGCUACCUGUCUUUCGUUUCAACAUACAGCUUGACUUACACACGCCGAACAACACUACCUCGCUACCGCCUUCUCUGGACUCGCGAUCCUGUCGACACCUCAUCCCUAUGAAAACGGUUGGCAAUCUGUGCGUCGCAUAUACCAACCCUCGACUUAUUUCGUUCCAGAUAUUCGUCAUCUUUCGACUACCAAUCGACCCACGGAUCUACGACUUGGUUCUGCGACCUCCUGAACCAGCUGGCUAAGACACCUUGCUCGGAAGAUAGACAGUCCUUGAGUGUUUUGUCAACGUGGCUACCGUGCCUCCCGCGAUCGGUGUUGUUACCCUCCGCCUUUUCUUUUCAACUUGACUAUCAAACAUCAGUCAAGCCGGACGAGUCUUGAAAUCGCAGUCUGGAGUUGACUACCUCGUGGAUGGUCGGCCUGACCAAGGCUUUCCGUCUUUUCCCAAGCAAACUCUUUGCACUUCAAGCUAUUCCCACCAACCAUCUCACAAAUGGCCUUACGUCGAGCUUUACCAGCAGCGCUGGGCAUCGUCGCAAUUGUGGCGACGACUGCGUUGCUGGUCGUGCACAUCCUCCUUGCUCAAUCGACGUCAAGCUUGUCCAUGCCAACGCCAGUCACUGCCACCUCGAUAGUAGCCUCGGUGUUUGAGGCGUGCGUUCUUUUGGUUCUCUGUUGGCUUUCUUCCCUCUACAUUCACGUCAGGAGUAAGGAUCCCUUCGAAGCGCACAAUCUUUUGUGGUUCGGUAUCAUUGCAACGUUGGUCACGGUCUCUGCAGUGGUGUCGACAGUUACCAUGACCAGCCUUCGGAACGCAACGUCCUUUCUGUCAACCGGUAUUCUUGGAUCCGAGCCCAUGUCGUUGGUGAUCGGCAGCUCAGUCGUUCUUGGAAUUGCAUUCACCACACAAUUCGCGUUUCUCAUAGUUCAUUUUUUCAUUGUCAAAACUUACGGCAUCGCAUACGGCUCUGACGUUGAAGCUGGUCGUCGGUCGGCCAUGGCACAGGUCAAGUCCAUCCCUUACAGCCAGACCAGCCCGGCUCCUUCCAGGGUACGAGGCGGAUCCGUCAGCUCCAGGACACCUCCUGGAUCGAGCGGCGGCCGCUCUACUGCCGAAACCAUGUGCUCAAUUCGUUCGUCGUUGUCGCACGCUGUUAGGCCAACCACCUCUAGGACACGCCUGCUCUCUAGUAGUCAACGAUCGAGUCGCCGGCCGGAAUCACUCGACUUGCAUGCAUUGAAGGACAGGUCGAGUGCCAACGAAGACACCUUCGACACCUGGGACAUAUCGUUAGUCGACCAACAGAAUCGUCAAAUGUCGCUGCAAGCCACAGGCAGCAUCAAAGGUGGCCACUUUCUCGAGACCAUACCCGCGAGCCCAACCAUAAGCCGAAGUUCAAGUCCUGGUACACCACUUGACCUGGAGCCUCCCCGCCGGCCUCGCAGGGCACGCAGCUUCAGCCCCAUGUCAGAGCAUGGCCGGCUGUCCGCAGGACUCACACAACACGUCAACGCCAGCGAGUCCCAUAUUCAUCCUCUAUUCCGCUCCGAUUCGCCGACGCCACCGCCGAUCGCCAAACCCGGCACUGUCGUUACUGCUGCCCCAAACGCUGGACAGAUCGUCACACCCAGUGUACAGGGGAUCCGCAGAAUGCGUAGCGGCAGCUUGCCGCAAGUGCCAAGUCCUCUCAGUCAUCAAGGCAGCUUUGAGGAGUUUUCUCGCGCAAUGCAGCGAGACUCCCUUCGUGAGGAAGAUGAAGAGGAUGAGGAGGAGCAGGGGGGAGAUGAAAAACCAUCGCAGCUCAGCUCACCAGAAGCGGACGAUGGAAAGUUGACGCCACCAAUCCCCGACUGGAUCAUGACUGCUGGAGCCAGGACCUCACUUUACGGCUACAAUAGCAGGAGGGCGAGCAGUGGGAGGACACAAAGCAGGGGGAAAGAUGAGGGGGAGGACGCGCCUACUCGGCAAUCAUAAUGUUUUACGAUCUACACAUGACUUUUUUCUGGGUGUAAAGGAAGAAUCAUUUAUACCCCUUUUCUUUUGUCAAAUCAGGAUAAAAAAUACGGCGACAUAUUUAUCAGCCAGGGAAUAGAAAGGCGCCAUGGGUUGGGCAUCUUAUGUCGGGUUGCUAAAACCUCUACAGGACCGACAUGGCUUUAUUUCUUCUAUUAUUAUCAAAUUUCCUAUCUUCUAUAUUUUCUUAUGGUCUGUACUCCUUGAUGUAGGUUACAGGCCCAGACGUCUUUUUGGCCUUGUUGGAGUUAAAACGGAGGAUGAUACCACUAUGUAAAAUCUUCUGAGCUGCCAUCAGCCAGUUCUAUCUAGAUUAGUCUGAAUGCUAGCGGCCUUGUUCCGUGGGAGAAAAAAAAACACUGCGCCGUGGCACGGUUGGUUGGUAUUCCUUCACGUGACUAGAACAAACAUGGUAGUCGCC